AAGAUCAUUCGCAAACAUGGAGAAGCCUUUCGACGAGAUGGCCGAGCAGAUCCCAAAGGCUGCCGAGCCGACCAGUGCUGCAGCACCCAAGCAAGAACAGCAGGACUUGCCCAAGUUGUCGCCACAAGAAUUUAGAAUGUACAACAGGAUGGCAGAACACAUGGACAUGUUUCACGAGAACUUCCGCCGAACGUGGAACCUUCUGUACGGCGCAUGUGAGACUAAGAAGAGACCUACCGGCAUGUCUAUCCGUCAAUUCAUUGGUGUGGGCGACGACUUCUGCCAUCACCUGGAGAUUCAUCACAGUAUCGAGGAGCGCCACAUCUUUCCCAUUCUCGCCCGCAAAAUGCCAGCCUUCAGGAAGGAGCUGGAACUGCUCACUCAGCAUAAACAAAUCCACAAGGGACUCGACAAGUUUGAGGAAUACCUCGGCCAGUGCAAGAGUGGAGAGAAGGAGUUGCGCAUGGAGGAGAUGAAGGCCAUCCUGGACACAUUUGGCAAGGUCCUAUGGCAACAUCUCGACGAUGAGGUGCAUGAACUGCGGGCAGAAAACAUGCGCAAGUAUUGGACACCGGCCGAGAUGGCGAGGAUACCAAUCUAGAGCAUGAGUCCGAGACAUACCCCAUGUAAUUUCCAGCUCUUGUUCACGACGGCUUGCCUUGCUUCCUUGCCGCGGCAAACUUUUCGUGCCAUUUCCUCUUGCCAGCCGUCGCAGUUGUCGCUGGUUUGGCAGCGCCAGCAGUGGCUUCUGCGGCUUGUGUGCUUUGAUUGCGUACGAACUCGAUGCGCUUGCCGCCCGCCGACAGCUUGUACAAGCCCU